AUGCUGUCGUCCUUCUCACGCAGGGAGGUGGCUAUGCUGUCGUCCCUCUCAUGCAGAGACAUGGCUAUGCUGUCGCGCCUCUCAUGCAGAGACAUGGCUAUGCUGUCGUCCCUCUCAUGCAGAGAGUUGGCUAUGCUGUCGUCCCUCUCAUGCAGAGACGGGGCUAUGCUGUUGUCCCUCUCAUGCAGAGACAUGGCUAUGCUGUCGUCCCUCUCAUGCAGAGACAUGGCUAUGCUGUCGUCCCUCUCAUGCAGAGAGUUGGCUAUGCUGUCGUCCCUCUCAUGCAGAGACGUGGCUAUGCUGUCGUCCCUCUCAUGCAGAGAGGUGGCUAUGCUGUCGUCCCUCUCGCGCAGAGAGGUGGCUAUGCUGUCGUCCCUCUCGCGCAGAGAGGUGGCUAUGCUGUCGUCCCUCUCGCGCAGAGAGGUGGCUAUGCUGUCGUCCCUCUCGCGCAGAGACGUGGCUAUGCUGUCGUCCCUCUCACGCAGAGAGUUGGCUAUGCUGUCGUCCCUCUCAUGCAGAGACGUGGUUAUGCUGUCGUCCCUCUCACGCAGAGAGGUGGCUAUGCUGUCGUCCCUCUCGCGCAGAGAGGUGGCUAUGCUGUCGUCCUUCUCACGCAGAGAGGUGGCUAUGCUGUCGUCCCUCUCACGCAGAGAGGUGGCUAUGCUGUCGUCCUUCUCACGCAGAGAGGUGGCUAUGCUGUCGUCCUUCUCACGCAGAGAGGUGGCUAUGCUGUCGUCCUUCUCACGCAGAGAGGUGGCUAUGCUGUCGUCCCUCUCACGCAGAGAGGUGGCUAUGCUGUCGUCCUUCUCACGCAGAGAGGUGGCUAUGCUGUCGUCCUUCUCACGCAGAGAGUUGGCUAUGCUGUCGUCCCUCUCACGCAGAGAGGUGGCUAUGCUGUCGUCCUUCUCAUGCAGAGAGGUGGCUAUGCUGUCGUCCUUCUCAUGCAGAGAGGUGGCUAUGCUGUCGUCCUUCUCACGCAGAGAGGUGGCUAUGCUGUCGUCCCUCUCGUGCAGAGAGGUGGCUAUGCUGUCGUCCCUCUCACGCAGAGAGGUGGCUAUGCUGUCGUCCCUCUCGUGCAGAGAGGUGGCUAUGCUGUCGUCCCUCUCACGCAGAGAGGUGGCUAUGCUGUCGUCCCUCUCACGCAGAGAGGUGGCUAUGCUGUCGUCCUUCUCACGCAGAGAGUUGGCUAUGCUGUCGUCCCUCUCGUGCAGAGAGGUGGCUAUGCUGUCGUCCCUCUCGUGCAGAGAGGUGGCUAUGCUGUCGUCCCUCUCACGCAGAGAGGUGGCUAUGCUGUCGUCCCUCUCACGCAGAGAGGUGGCUAUGCUGUCGUCCCUCUCGUGCAGAGAGGUGGCUAUGCUGUCGUCCCUCUCACGCAGAGAGGUGGCUAUGCUGUCGUCCCUCUCGUGCAGAGAGGUGGCUAUGCUGUCGUCCCUCUCACGCAGAGAGGUGGCUAUGCUGUCGUCCCUCUCACGCAGAGAGGUGGCUAUGCUGUCGUCCCUCUCGUGCAGAGAGGUGGCUAUGCUGUCGUCCCUCUCACGCAGAGAGGUGGCUAUGCUGUCGUCCCUCUCACGCAGAGAGGUGGCUAUGCUGUCGUCCCUUCUCAUGCAGAGAGGUGGCUAUGCUGUCGUCCCUUCUCAUGCAGAGAGGUGGCUAUGCUGUCGUCCCUCUCAUGCAGAGAGGUGGCUAUGCUGUCGUCCCUCUCAUGCAGAGACAUGGCUAUGCUGUCGUCCCUCUCACGCAGAGAGUUGGCUAUGCUGUCGUCCCUCUCAUGCAGAGAGGUGGCUAUGCUGUCGUCCCUCUCAUGCAGAGAGGUGGCUAUGCUGUCAUCCCUCUCAUGCAGAGAGGUGGCUAUGCUGUCGUCCCUCUCAUGCAGAGAGGUGGCUAUGCUGUCAUCCCUCUCAUGCAGAGAGGUGGCUAUGCUGUCGUCCCUCUCAUGCAGAGAGGUGGCUAUGCUGUCGUCCUGUACACUGCUGGCUCAGAUAUUUUAUUUUGGCCAAUUGUCCUUUCCAGUACGGUUCCAGCAACUAUGAUUGUUGCAUUACCCGGCUCGGCCCAGUACAGCUCCACUCGGGUUAGUAGUGUGAAAAGGGUAAAGAGUUCUCCAGUUCUCUUCUGCCCUAAUAGUACCUUAACAUUAGAAUUAGUGAUACUGUAAUCUGAUUCUAGAUCUGUAGUUAAGGACAGCUUCUACCUGGAGAGAACCUGUGUGUUGGAAUCACGGCGGCUCUAUUGAUGCCAUUUCUAUCUGCAACGUUUGGGUCUACUGAAUGUGGUGCAGGAAAUAUGGUGGUGGCCAUAUUUAAAAGUAUUAAAGUUCACCGUCUCCCAUCUCCCUUCGGGGCCUGUAUUCAUAAAACCAUCUCAGAGUAGUAGUGCUAAGGAUCAGGCUACUCCUGUCCAUGUCAUCUCGUUCAUUAUGAUCUCAAAAGGCUAACCUGAUCCUAGAUCAGCAGUCCUCUACUCUGGACGAGGCUUUAUGACUACAGGCUCUGAUCUCUACGGACUGUAUAUACAGUACAGAAGUCUGAUACAAGAUAUGGAAGCGUAUGUCUUCAACCAGCAUUUGAUGUACAGUGUUAAAGACACACACACAAAUCUUAUGGCACUAAUGUGUUAAUGUGUUUCUUUUAAGAACGUUGUUUAAUAACGGCAGGGGUUUUGUUUGUGUGUAAAUCCCUGAGGUAAAUACUAAUAAAAAAAGCAGAUUGUUGUCAACAGUA